GAGGGAACUCAAGAUGACUGACAGCUCCUCCACAGCAUAUUCUCUCGCGACCCAUGAGGCAAUGAGAAUGGAAACGUACUCAAACAUGGCAGCAGCAAGUCUACUGCUAUACGACUGCAUUUUAACGAUCCACAGAGAGGUUACGUUGAUAUGGCCUUCAAGACUGAAUGCCGUGAAGAUCCUUUUCUUCCUGACAAGAUAUAUGGCUUUCGCAGACGUAUCUUUAGUCCUCUUCUAUCGGCUCAAACCACAAGUAACCAUACGCACUUGUGAAGUUACAUACAAAACCGCAGGAUGGUUUAUGAUGUUUGGAAUCGUCGUAGCAGAAACCAUUCUCCUCGUUCGCACUUGGGCUAUAUGGGGAAGAGGCAAGAAACUGGCGGUCGCAUUAACCCUUGUGUUUAUCUUGGCUGUGGGACCAGGCGUUGCAGUUGAAGACAUCUUCUUGAAUUCUAUUGUGUUUGCGCCGUUGUCGAACCCGAAAACUCCAGGGUGCUUGAUUGUGGGGGGCAGUACCAUCAUAAGCAUCAACUUCAUUAUUAUAAUUGUCUUUGAGACAUUUGUUCUUGUUCUCACCCUCAUAAAGGCGAUACAACAUUUCCGGCUUGCGGGAAGGCAAGGCUUCCUUUCUGUGCUUUACCGAGAUGGAUUGCUAUUCUACGCCUAUUGUCUUGCGAUCUCCCUCGUGAAUGUCAUUGUCGUUGUGGCGACACCAAGAGGACUAUCCUCGACACUGGCACUUAUUCAACGCGUCGUACAUUCAUGUCUAACGUCUCGCAUACUCGUCAACCUCCGACUCGCGACGACUGGCGCAUCUCGCCAGUAUUCGGUGGUAACAUAUGCAAGCUCGACCAUGCUUCGGCCUUUUUCCUUGCAAUCACCGUCAACAAUCCUUCGAACAAUUGACGGCCUAAUUGAGUCACGUACCGUAGUGGACUUGCCCCCGUCGACGGACGCGACUGAAACGUAGCGGGAUGAGGUUUUAGGAUGAUAUGGUAUGCAACUAGUAUUGU